GACGGUCUUGAUCACAUUCUCUUGACGAAUAUAUUGACACGCGAAUCGGACGCAUCCAAGGCUCUAAUCAGACCGCUGACGCCAGAUUAUUUGCGCAAUUGAUCUGAAACUUCACCAUUUCCUCUUAAUACGUAUUCAUGAGUGCAAAAAUGCGGUUUUAUAUGUGAUGGAAAGUACCCUACUGCUCACUGAGACCAUUUCUUGAAUUGUGCGUCACGUCACCUAAAUCGAUAGGAAAAGAGUUUGAUCCUCGGUCACAAUAAGAGUUAGGCUGCAGCGAACUGCACGGAUUCCAAGGAAAAGCUACUGUAAGCUGUAAAGGUCAAAAAGUUCAUUUUCUUUUGGGAAACGACUACAGCAUCUUUUUUUAUUCGGGGACGGAGCAGCUAAAGUGGUCUGUAGUAUCUCUGAAUCCAAAUCUUGGGGAAACGAAUUUUCGGGAAACGUUGCGGAAUUUCUGAAAGGUUGGCCAUGGCAUUGCAUUUUUGGCGAUAUGGAUUGUUGAUGGUGGCUCUUAUACUAGUUGGAUUCUAUCCAGUGUCCACUGCCACAGAGAAACCAAUAGGAGUCUGGCCAAUGUCGCAAGCCAGCGGCAGGGACGUCUCUGGCUACCACAACCACGGUAAGCCCUCGGGCCUGGUCUUUGUCGACGGCGUGGGAGGCUUACCAAAAACUGCAGUAGACUUCAACGGGGCUGGAAGAAAAAUAACAAUAUCCAAGCUAAAUGGAAUGGUAGGCUCCAGUUUUACCGUUGGCGCCUACAUCCGGGUUAUUACAGCGCCCUCCACGAGUGUCCCCAUUGUUUCAUUCCAAACACCUGGGACGACGGCGUCAACGUUUGUAUUUGGUGUGACGCCAAAUUUCAAGUUGCGUGUCUUCUUCGAGAAGGAAGACUUCCAGCCGAUACACGGGAUAGAGGCGAACACAUGGACCUUCGUUGGCAUAUCCUACGACGCUGACAUUGGCAUGACGCGUCUCUGGAUCCAGGACACAGCAAUAGCGGUCCUGUCCCUAUCGCCUGAUCUCAUUACUGGGAUAGGCGGCGCCACGAUCGGCGGAAGUUACCCACGAGCUGGACUCUUGCUGACCUUUGAAGGUUAUAUUUCCUGCGUGGUAUUGUACGAGAGUGCAUUGGGUUCGUUGGAUAUUCAAACAGUGAAGCGGACCUGCACAGCAUACGACAGCGGUGUCGUGUUCUCCAGAAUCGGCCCCGGCCUCCUCCCGUCCGGCGCCGCCCUAUGGUCCCUCAAUGCCAGAAGCGCCGCGGAGUGCUCCGGCGAAUGUUUCGCCCACCCGUCUUGCCAGUCUUGCAGUUUCUCCUCGCUGAAAACCAUGUGCUUUCUCGGCAACAUGGUGAUGGAUUCAUCCAAACUGAUAACGUCCGGGGACUAUAAAUCAUACAACUUUGGUGUAAAGCUUUGAGAUGGGACCAUAUCUGACGAGUAAACAAAGAGUUGGCCACGCUACAUCCCAAAGUAAGACUCCCGCAGUCCAUUUCGUCAUCCUGAUUGUCUCUCCUUCAUCGCGACAGGACAAGGCCAGUCCACUGCGUCCGGAGUGUCCCGAUAGUCAGAGCUAUCGCAGAAACUACCGAGGAAACACGACGACGAGUAGAAUGGACAAACUUUUGUAAUUAUGACGAAAAAAGUGUCAAAUGAGAAAGUGACCGGUGAUGAAAUUAGUUGUGGAAGAAGCGACACAGUUUGUGUACUAUUAGAAUCUGCAUGGGUGGCUGCUCUGCUUGAAGUGAAUUUUGCAGGACCAACGUUUUAGCCUACUUAAUUUUCACCGGCCUCGAAAAUGUACCUCUUCAUUCCAGAAGAAUGCCGAGUCAGGAGAAUCGACUCGAACUUUAAAACAAAUCCGCCAUUGCUGACAUCAUUGGCGCAAAAAACUUUAUUUUUAUGUAAGUUUUCUUUCGCGUCAAGAAUGUGCCGAAAUCUUCAAGGCAUUCUACUACAGGAUAGGCCAGAAAAAGUCGUAGGACACGCAUCAUUCCUCUGUGCUGGUUAGAAUCUCGACCGAGUCGGCAAUGCCAAAAUCUGAAAGAAAAUAAACAACACAAAGUGAAUAAAUA